CCCACCAAGCAAAAACUGACUGUGCUCUUUGUGUGAAAAAAUUCAGCACCACAAAAAAGUUGGUAAUUCAUUUGAAGCACUGUCACAACAACACAUUUUUUUGUGAAUUGUGUGGCAACGUGUUUGCCAGUAGUAAUGCUAUGAAGAUCCAUGAGGAAAUGCACAUGGGCAGGAAAGCAAUUCAGUGUCAAGAGUGUGGCGAAACAUUUAAGAGUACAGAUCAUCUCGUUGUCCAUGUUCGGCGCCAUACAGGGGAAAAACCGUAUCAGUGUGAGAUUUGUGGUCAAUGUUUUCCCAAAAUUGGAGGGUUGAGGACACACAGGAAAAAACACACAGUGAGUCCACUAACCAGCAGCACCACAGAGCCAGGAGUCCAAAGUGUGAUGCAGCCAAACCCAGGACCCUCACAAAGCACCGCAGACCUGGACUGUAAAGACUGGAACAUCAGCCCGGUAGACACAGACCUGAAGCUUUGUCAGAUAAAAGAGGAACUUGGGGACGAGAGUCAAACACAGGAGAUUGUUUUUCCUUCUCCUGAAAUUAUGAAAAGUGAGCAAGAACAGCCAGAGAUACAAGUGUCACAUGAAAUGCAGCCAGGUCCAUGGAACUGCUCUGCAGUGAAGACUGAGAACAACGACCGUGAUGAGGAGCUGCUCGACAGCCAAGCUGUAUUGCCUAAUGAGAAACUUUCCACCAAAAAUCUGAAAGACCGCGAGGUUUGUCAUUGGUGUGGCCAGUCAUUUAAGCUUAUAGGCUGCUUGACGAAACACAUUAAAAGACACAAAUCAUUAACUUCCUGUGACGUUUGUGGGACAGAAUUCCAAUCCACGAAACUGUUGGUACUUCAUUUGAAGCAUUUUCACAAAAAUACAUGGUUUUGUGAAGUUUGUGGCAACAAGUUUAGAAAUGGCAGUUCUUUGAAGAUUCAUGAGAGAAUGCAUACAGACAUGAAAGAGUUUCCUUGUCAAGCGUGUGGCAAAACAUUUAGCAGUAGCGAUCAUCUGGUUGACCACGUGCGCACCCAUACUUGGGAAACCCCGUAUCAGUGUGAUAUCUGUGGAAAGGCGUUCAGUCAGAGCCAGGACCUCACAGUCCAUAAAGAAAGCCAUUCUGACAAAAUGCCGCAUGGUUGCAGCCUGUGUGGCCAGCGUUUUGAUAAGAAAACCACUCUCAAAUCACACAUGAGACGCCAUUCAGGGGUAAACUCGUACCCGUGUGAUCUUUGCGAUAAACGUUUUUCCCAACCUGGAAUGUUGAAGAGCCACAGGAGAACGCACCAGAGGAGGUUUACCUGUCAAGUUUGUGGCAAGCUAUACCAGUCUCAAAAGACUGUUAAGGUGCAUAUGAGAUCUCAUGAAAUGUCAGAUGCCGAGUGAAAACAGUUGAAUUCACCUGACCUUCUCACUUUAUAACAUUGUUAAGAGAAGGGCUAUGUAAAGAAAGUUUAAGUACUGUUAUUGUAUGGCAUAGAUUCUGUGUGAGUUGGAGAAGAAAGGUUUACAUGUGUUACAUGAUUGUUAAUGGUUUAUAUAUA